AUGGACGAACCGGAAGAUGAUAACAUCCGCAACGCCCAGGGCAAUACUCAGGACGCCGAUCUCUCGGAUGAGACGCAAGACUUUCGCUUCCUAAAUCUCCUCAACAACAAGUAACCCUCUCUUCCCCCCUCCUUUCCCCUUUCUAAUGCUUAUGGUGCCCCAGAACAGGAACCGCAGCUCUCCCCCGCCGCGGCGAAAAGGACUUUGAACCGGACGGCACCGACCUCCAGGACCGCGUUCUGAACGAAUCCCGACAAGCAAUGCACGAAGCACUGUUGGGGGAGCGUAAGCACUCGAAUAAACAACAUGUAUCGGCGACCUGGCGGCCAUCACGGCGCAUGGCAGAAGUUCACGUCGCUCGAGGGCCACACUUCAAGACGGUCGGGAAGGCUGACAGACGGGGGGUAUUGUGGUUGCUACCGGAGGAGACGAUUUACCUGGUUGAGAGGGGGAACCUGGAGUGCUGGUGGGAGGAGGGCGUGCCGAUGAGCCUGCAGGGCGUGUAUGCUAGUGCGCUUGAUGGGUGUGGGGGGUUGGAGCGGUAUCAAGUGUAUGCAUAUUUGAGGAGGGCGGGCUAUAUUCUUGCACGGGCACCGACCUUCCAUGAUGAUGAUGGUGCUGAUGAUGAGGGGGUGGCGGAGGAGGGGAAGAAGGAAGAGGGUCUAACUGGAACGAUCCGACCGGCAACAACUACACCCCCCGGCAUCUUCAAACAGCUCUUCACGGCCCUCUUCCUAACACCACCGAAAACACCACCUUUCGGUCCGGUAAUCGCACGAGGAACUUACCGCACAUACGACUCUAUCUACUCCCGCUUGUCAAUAAUCCCCUCCCACCACCCCCCGCAUACCCCUACCGACGUGGUAACAGCUGCCUCAAAGACCCCCUUCCGAAUCGCCUACAGAGUCUGGAAACCCCAACCUCACUUUAAAAAGUCCGACCCGCCACCCGCAGACUUUCUUGUAGCCAUCGUCAGCGCGCGAGAAACCUCCUUGCCAACGCUAUCUCAGUUAUCCGCCCUAUUCGACUCGGUCCCCGUGGAUGAGAAGAUUGGUGGGAAGCCACAAUUUCAAAGAUUAAAGGACGGUUACAGGAAUGUUGUUCUAGCGAUCGUGGAUUCGGGCGUUACAAGCUUCCUCAAGUUUGCGGAUGUGGGAUUUGGUGAUGAGCCCAUGUAUAAAUGGAAAGGCGGGAGAGGGAGGGGUGGAGGGAAGGCGGGCCGCAGCGGCAGCGGGAGAGGACGAGGCAGGGGUAGCGGAAGAGGAGGCAGGAGCGGUGGGGCGGCCGAAGUUGUUUCGUAA